ACUCCGAACUUCAAAACUACUUCUCAACAGCUACUACCAGAAAUUCUCCUAACUUCCUCUCUAUUUUUUUUUCAGAUUUCACACCAAACAUUUUCUGGGUUUUUCUUCAAAUCAUUCAUCUGUUUGUUUUUUAGUUCUUCAGCUUGUCAUCAUCAGCAGCAGCUUCUGAUUAAUGGAAGAGAUUGAUGUCCCUCCAUUUUUCCUCUGCCCUAUUUCUCUCCAAAUCAUGAAAGACCCAGUUACUGUGCCAACUGGGAUAACCUAUGAUCGCGAGAGCAUAGAGAAAUGGCUAUUCUCAGGCAAGAACAACACAUGUCCAGUCACAAAACAAGUCAUCUCAGAUUGUGACCUAACACCAAAUCUAACUCUUAUGCGAUUGAUACAAGCUUGGUGUACUCUCAAUGCUUCUCAUGGAAUAGAAAGAAUCCCAACUCCCAAACCUCCAAUCAGCAAGGCACAGAUAGCUAAGCUCAUUAAAGAUGCCACCAAAUCACCCCAGCAGCUGAUCACUUGUCUAAAGAAGCUACGUUCACUAGCUACCAUGAAUGAUACAAACAAGAGAUCCAUGGAGGCUGCAGGUGCUGUAGAGUUCUUGGCUUCAAUUGUGAAUGACUUGAGCUCUUUAUCCUUUGAAGAAUCAACUUCAGAUGGAGAUGGGAUUGUGGUCAUAACACCAAGUGAUGAGGCCUUAAGCAUUCUCUACAGUCUUCAAUUAUCCGAAUCCGGGCUCAAGAUUCUUAUAGGCAAAAAUGGGGAGAUCAUUCAGUCGUUAACCAACGUCUUGCAAAAUGGGAACUACGAGUCUCGAGCUUAUGCAGUGUUAUUGUUGAAAUCAAUCUUCGAGGUUGCUGAUCCAAUGCAACUUAUCAACCUGAGAACUCAACUCUUCGUGGAGAUAGUCCAAGUUUUAAUCGACCAAAUCUCUCACCAAGCCUCCAAAGCUGCAUUGAAACUCCUAAUAAGUCUUUGUCCGUGGGGGAGAAACAGAAUCAGAGCAGUUGAAGCCAACGCAGUGUCUGUUCUGAUCGAUCUUCUUCUUGAUUCAACGGAGAAAAGGGCUUGUGAAAUGGCACUAACUGUGCUGGAUUUGCUAUGUCAAUGCGCAGAAGGCAGAGCUGAAUUGUUAAGGCACGGGGCUGGGCUAGCAGUUGUUUCAAAGAAGAUACUUAGAGUUUCUCAAGUGGCAAGCGAGAAAGCAGUGAGGAUUCUCGUAUCUGUUUCAAAGUUCUCAGCAACUUCAGGUGUUCUUCAAGAGAUGUUGCAGAUAGGUGUUGUAGCCAAGUUGUGUUUGGUUCUUCAAGUGGAUUGUGGAAGAAAGACCAAAGACAAGGCUAGAGAGGUGCUUAAAAUGCAUGCUAGAGUUUGGAAAAAUUCUCCUUGCGUACCUCCAAAUCUGCUCUCUUUUUAUCCAGAUUGAGACAAAGAGAGACUAAUUAAUCAGUCUUCCCUUCAUUGUCAUUAAGAUUAAUUAGAAUGUAGUGUACAUUAUUAACUAUUAUUUAUGGAUUAUUGAUUAUUAUUAGAAAGAAGAAAAAACAAUACCAUACAAAUUUGGAUACAAAAGUGGUGUCCAAUAGUAUGCAUGUUUCAUGGGAAAUGAGAUUUUGUUCUAUUUUGAGGAAAUUAAUGAUUAUUAACAAGUUGAGAGAUCUUUAUAGUCA